AAAUGAGAGCGACAAAUUCUAUUUCUGAUCCUCCCUGGAGCUUUUAUUUGAACAUCUACUUCAUUUGUGAGGGAUCAUGCUGCUGAUGGAUCAAAUGGAUUAAAGUGCGCUCUCUUUACCUAUAAGGUGUGCGCAGGUCUUUAUUCAACCCUUCGCUCUAGUUUAACAGCCCCCCCCCCGCCCCCCACGGGGUGGUUUCUGCGUGAUCCUGUGUUCCUGCGUCUCGAUUCCAUUCCAGUCGCUGUGCGGCUCUGCUUCGUGUUUUGGCGCCAGCAGGCGCGGAGAGACUCGUGGGUGACAGCGGGGCUAGAGAUGCUGUAGCUCGGACAGCAGCUCGAAGGCGGACGCUUCCACAAAGCUCCCGAGUUAAGGCUGAUGAAUGGGACUUAGCGCGGGACGUGGCUCUGCGUGGACGUGGGCUGCGCCGCACAGAAAAGACCGGCCUUUUCCGAAAGACGCAGCAGACGCGCGCAAAGCGCAGCAACUAUUGUGAGGAGGAAGAUUGAUCCCACAGCUGGACGCACAGGACAGGAGCAGACCCUUCACGUGGGGUCGGUGCCAGUUGGGCGCCGGACGGGUUGGGGUUCACCUCUCCUAGGCUGCUUCCAGGAGAUCCCGCGCGGCUGUCCUGGAGGAGAACUGCGGGGAUCUGCGGGGAAUGCCAUGUGUCGCCGCGCUGCAUAGACGCUCUUUGUGGGCUGCUUUGCACCGCGGACAGGUGGUGCCGUGUGACUGCUGAGCCAGGCAGGGGGUCGGGACACACAGCCCCCGGAACAGUUGUCUGAUGGGUGUCAGGCCGGGAUCAGUUUCGGCCACAGACAGGUGUGACUGACAGGGAGGAGUAGCUGACCGAACCCCGCGCAGGGAUCCUCCAACGCACCGAACCUCUCCUCCGGACCAGUCCCGGAUUUUGUGUCACCCCCCGAACUCCUGCCUCCUUUCUCCUCCUGUCUGUCGGAGAAUCCACAGUGGGGCUGCUAUGGCAGCGGCGGCUCCUCCUCACGUCUUGGUGCUGUGCUGGCUACUCCGGACGGCUUGCCUGGCGUUCCCAGAGGAGCCUGGGCCCCUCAACUUUAUCCCUACUGAAGUGGUGAGGAGAUAUCCGGUGUUUUUGGGACGACCGCAUCGAACAUGGCUGAGACACGAGCCUCUGCACAUCCAGAGGAUCCUCCAGGUCAAUCGGACACUCUACAUCGGUGCCAGGGACGACCUUUUCCGCGUGGAGCUGGACACCGUUGUAGAAGAGGAGAUGUUCUACAGCAAGAAGAGAACAUGGGAGUCCAACAAGAACGACAUCAAGAUCUGCAGGAUGAAGGGCAAACACGAGGACGAAUGCCGUAACUUCAUGAAGGUGCUUCUCCGCAGAGAAGAAGGCCUGUUCAUUUGUGGAACCAACGCCUUCAACCCGCUUUGUGCCAACUAUACCGCAGACACUCUGGAGAUGGUUGGAGACUCACUGAGUGGGAUGGCGAGAUGCCCUUACGACCCCAAACACGCCAACGUGGCUCUGUUUGCAGAGGGGAGUCUGUUUACAGCGACGGUGACGGACUUCCUUGCCAUCGACGCGGUGAUCUACCGAAGCCUCGGGGACAGUCCCGCUCUCCGCACCGUCAAGCAUGACUCCAAGUGGUUCCGAGAGCCCUACUUCGUCAGUUCAGUUGAGUGGGGGCCACACAUCUACUUCUUCUUCAGAGAGAUCGCCAUGGAGUUCAACUACCUAGAGAAGGUGGUGGUGUCGCGCGUGGCGCGGGUGUGUAAGCGCGAUCAGGGCGGCUCACAGCGCGUCCUGGAGAAGCAGUGGACGUCCUUCCUGAAGGCCCGUCUGAACUGCUCCAUACCCGGGGACUCACACUUUUACUUCAACCUGCUGCACUCCACCAGCCCCAUCAUCAGGAUGCACGGCAGGGACAUCAUCCUGGGGGUGUUCUCCACCCCGGCCAACAGCAUCCCGGGCUCAGCCGUGUGUGCCUUUGACAUGGAGCAGCUGGCUGCCGUGUUCGACGGGAGGUUUAAGGAGCAGAAAUCACCCGAGUCUAUUUGGACGCCUGUACCAGAUGAAGUCAUCCCAAAGCCGAGACCCGGCGGUUGUGCUGUUCAAGGGUCCAAGUUCAACUCCUCCAACUCUUUUCCCGACGAGAUGCUGAACUUCGUGAAGACCCAUCCCCUCAUGGACGAGGCCGUGCCGUCACUGGGACAACGGCCCUGGAUCGUCAGAACCAUGGUCAGGUACCAGCUGAAUAAGAUCGUGGUGGAUACAGAGGCGGGCCCCUCCAGGAACCGCACCGUCCUUUUCCUGGGGUCCAACCGGGGGACCAUCCUGAAGUUCCUCAUCAUGCCGAACCAGGACAACACGGUCACCAGCAGUAACGUCUUCCUGGAAGAGCUGGAAGGCUUUAACCCCGACAGGUGUGCCGUGGACUCUCCUCAGGCCAGGCAGAUGUUGUCUCUGGCUCUGGAUCGGGCCAGCCGCACGCUGCUCCUCGCCUUCCCGUCCUGCGUGGUCCGAGUACCGGUGGCCCGGUGCCAGCUCCACUCCCGCUGCAUGAAGAACUGCAUCGCCUCCAGGGAUCCAUACUGCGGCUGGACCAGAGGAAGCACCUGCUCGUUCCUUAGACCUGGAACCAGACUGCCGUUCGAGCAAGAUGUUGAACACGGAAACGUGGCCCACUUGGGCGACUGUGACGGGAUGCUCCUCCAGGAGACUUUCGUGGACGAGCCUGACGGCCUGGUGUCCGUAAACCUGCUGGUGGUGUCCGCAGUCGCCGCCUUCUCCACAGGCGCCAUCCUCUCGGGUCUGACGGUCUGCUGGAUCAUGAGUCACCGGCACCGGCACUCCCAAGGCCCCAGAAGCGGCGCCACCCGCCGCAAGAGUGAUAAAGAACAGAGCGUGCUGGGGCAAGGCCACAGCGGCUCGGUGAUGAGCGUAACGAGAACAAGCGGCGGCGAUCGCCGUCGCUCCCAGCCAGACAGCCACUUUAUGAUGCCCAAUGGUUGGCCGAAAGGUGAGAUGGACCCGGGGCUGCUGCCCACGCCGGAGCAGACCCCCCUGCAGCAGAAGCGGGCCGUGCGGCUCCCGGACUGUGACUGGGAUCAGAGCCAGACCUUCCUCACUUCUGUGGGGUCUUCCUGUCCCAACGGCGCCGUCAUUUAUCUCAGCUCCAAGUAUUUGCAUGGAGGUGUGGGAGGUGGGGGGGUGGUACGGAUAGAAGACCCUGGGGAGGUCGUGCUCCCCCCGCACAUAGACCGCCAGCGUUACCUGAUUCUUGCCACCCAAAGAGGAGAGCAUGGAGGCAGCCACGCGACCACCGGGAGGAACUCGGCGGGGGAGUACAUCUACCCCGCGACGCCACAGGAGUCUCCGGACCGGCGGAGGGUGGUGUCCGCUCCCACCCCCCACAUGGACUACAGGGAGCCUCGUUGGAGUCAAGAAGCUCUCAACUACAACUGCAACAACGGUGCGCCCUAUAGCUCUCAGCGGCAGGGCCUCAUCAGGCCCGACAUGCACGGCCCUCGAGGUCUGGGGGACCUGGUGGACUUCAGCCAUCUUCUGGGGAAGAACAUGGUGGAGCGCACCCCCACCGGCCAGUGAGAGGACAGGAAAAUCGCUCUGAAAACCCAUCUCUGCCAACAGUAACUGGAUGAAAUCAACCCCCGAGAUAAAGUCCAUCCUGACUUCCCGUAUGUUCUCUCACUGUCCACCGACGUCCAGGUGACGGGCAAGAGGCAAAGCGUUUCACUGAAACUCUUUGAGCGGGGACGUUCUCCUCUUCAUCAUCUGCUGUGUGCCUCCCUGCUUUGUUAGAGGUGCCAUGACGACGACAACAAAAGACAGAGAAGGGUCCAAAAUGAAGACCGCCCUUCUGAACAGGACAGAUUUCUAAAAAGAUAACUUUGCCUGCAAAGCCAAAUGUAAAGCCGUCCCUUCACCCCCGUUACCCCACUUGAACUUGACUUUCUUUGUCCUGUAACAUCCAGCAGACAACAAUGUGCUGAGACUGAAGCGCUGUAGCUGUGCCAGAGGGCAGCCACUCUUAGAGAACAAUGUGUGCGGCCCCAAUCCCCCCGUAACCAGCAUCCGUCUUACCGUUACUGUGAAGUUUGGCUCUUAGGAGGAAGUUGGCCAUAUCCUCGCUUCUAUCAAAGAAAGACGGUUUUCUCGUUUCUACUUGAAGCUCUGUGUUUACCAAUCAGAAGUCUGGGGAGGUGAUGACGGGGUCAAUGACAGCUCAGACUUUGGAGCCAGGAUUAUGUAAAGGAAAGCAAUAAUUAGCAACCAACAACAGACAAUGAAGCCAAUGUACUAUUUUUCUACCCUGGGUGUGUGAGGUGUAAGCUGAAAUAGCCGGGCUCCGGCAGGAGCGGCCCUUUCUGAUUUUCGUUCCUGUCUUACUCUCUGCGGCCUCCGCCUUGGGUUGGGGCGUAUCACUCUGACCGUAUCACCCCGCCUGUGAAGCUUGGCCGCCUGGGAGCUCCAUUCAGUCUCCUCUGUACCACACUGAGGUCUUUGUGUCCCGGGAGCAGGAGGAGACUGCAGCAACAAAUAACCAUUAAAAGUCAGGCACCUAUCCCGCCACCACAACCCGACAGAAUCUAAAUGAGGAGGACAGCAGUUUCAUCUCAUCCUGUAAGCCACACCAGGCAGACUCGGACGUCUCCUGUGGCUGAGCAUCAGCGGUUGACCUGGGAAGGAGAAAGGUGAGGGCAGAAGCUGAGGAUGAGGGCGAUGGGGCACCAUUAGCGGCCAUCCCUAGUGGCUUUAUGCCUUUCUGUAGUGCUUUUCCCAACAAAAGAGGGCCACAGAGAACAGGUGGACACUGGCACCACUGGGUGUGGAGUUUCUUCUUUCAGCUCAUUGUCUGGUCUUUUGAUGGUUUCGCUUUUUGUGCGGCCUUAUCUGUUGUGGAUUCAAAUGUAGAUGUGUUGGAGAGGGGGGGACAGUGGUGUGAUGCUUUUGUGUGACAUGGACAUCCUCACACUGAGCGCCAGAAAACAUCUUUGAUCAGUUUUCCCCUCAUUGUCACCUUUUUCUUCUCUGCAGAAGUGUCAUCGCUAACAUUCACAGCGCUGUGCAGGUGGAGCACAAUACAGGUGACACAAAAAAACGCAACAAAAUGCUCCUGAAACAAAAGCUGGUGUCAGCUUCAGAGGCUAGAAGCAGCCGAGACGCUCGCCUUUAAAUUCAAUUCAUUUCCAGCCUUUUCCCCAUUUCCAUGUUUUCUGUGUGUUUCGUUGAUUUUCUCAGUAAAUAAAUGGUGGAUUUAUGUUCUUCUUCAUUUUUAUUAUAGCUGAUGGUGCCAAAUUUCCAAACAGAGCCACAAACGAAGCAAACGUUAGAUAAAUAAAUGAGCUCCAGACAAUCUCAAAGCCGAUCAGAGAAAUGAUGACUGAACAGAAAAUCAAUUUUUCUAAAGCGCAACUUGAGAUUUUUUUGCUUGGUUACUUUUCCGUAACUUGUUUGCUCUUCCUUGUCACUCGCUGAACUCGUCUUCAUCGUCCGCUUCAUUUACUGCCUUUUUCUCAGAAACAUACCAAGACUUCCGUUUUGCACAAAUGCAUCAUCUGAACCACAGUGAAACUUAUUAGUUCUCACAAACACCAACGUUCCCGUCCUCUUGAUGCGUUCUUUUUAAACCUUAAAACUCCUGAUCCUUUGAAGUCACUUUACUAAAGACAAUCAUAAACACAGCAGGUGCGGUCGACCUGUAACGCACCGGGUGUGAGGAGGGUCCUCCUCUUUUGUGUUCUCCAUCAGCAUCUUCCUGUGGGAAACAUCCACCCAUCCUCUAUUCCCAUGCAGACCCGUGCCGGGUCACGGGAGCCCCAGGAGCCUAUCACACCUACUGGGAGGGCGGGGUUGACCCUGGGCAGAGCGCCGGUCCAUCACAGGGCCACACAUGCCUGAGGGCCCAUUCAGAUUUAGACAAUCAACCUAUGAUGCUUGUUUUGGGGAUUUGAGAGAAAGCCUCGAUGGGGAGAAGAUUCAAGCUCUAAACAGACCAGACCCAGCUGGGAUUUGAACCGGGGACCUUUUGCAGCAUCUUCCAAUUCCAAAUCGACUCUCUGAUCUAUUUGGAGUUUGUUGGUUUGACAUCUUUGAUGUUUAUGUUGAAGAUCUACUAGUCCGAAUAUUUUUCAGGAUCGACUUGAAAGUUCAUCAAACUUUGCAAAAGCUUCACAUAAAUCAACAGCCAUGAGCAGAGAGGAGAAGGAGACUCAGACGAGUGAGGUCAGGCGGGAAAAUGUGGCGUCCUCCCGUUAGUGUGUCUCCACGUUACACUAGGAACUCCAAACAGGUCAUUAGUAUGAAAUGAAGGGAGCGCUCCCUCAUCUUCAUCGCCCCGUCUGCAGAGGCCUCGUGUCUGUGUGAGCGUGCAAAGGACGUGGAGGCGUGUCCACGCCGGCGUGUCCUUGCUCCGCAUCUCCUCUGGUGAUUCACUAAACACGACUGAUUAAGCAAAGUACAUGGCCGGUAUACUCGGAUGGCCUGAUGUGCCCCGCGAAGAUGAGUGCCGACACAGAAGCCCCCAGAGGGAGCUACUCAGUCAACCGGCUCUGUUUGACCCCCCCACAUAGACGUGCCCCCACUCAGGGAGGCCUCCUAACUCGUUUGAGACAUUAAUUGAGUUAAGAGCUCAAAUGGAGGUCACUCAGCUUGACGGCCGAGUCUGACUGCAUCCAGGAGAGGCGCAGUCUGAUGGUUUGACUUUAUCGCUGCCUCCAGUCUGCGUGACGAAGACGACGUCCUUCCUCUUCCUCACAUGCCGUUCCCAGGAGCUGCACUGUCUGCUUAAGUGGUGGUGUGGCUGUAAAGGUUAGCCGGUCAAUUUAAUGAGUCGGAAACACAAGUCAGAGUCUCCCGCCUUUAGGGCCCCUCAAAUCAGUUUUCCCAACUCUGCUGUGGUCUCAUGACUUUUCCCAGCUUGAGUCUAAAUAGGUUCCUUUUUUUUUUUUUUUUUACAUGGCACAGAGCCUCCAGCCUACGUUCAAUCCUAACUUUGACCUCCCAUCCCUCCAUCCUCUGUGAAUCUCAGUGUUUCCAUCCUUCAUGUCGUCUUUUUUUUUCUCUCUGGGGUAACUUUCUCCAAGUGCCCCUGCCAUGUGUGCCCCAAACCAAUAACUGCCAUUUUGCCCCAGAGAGCGGCUGCACCCACUGUGGUUUAUUUUUGGGAGGGACUCGUGUGAAGCCGGUCAGCUCUCCUCCCCGCAUAGGACAGGAAAAAGCACAAAGAGAACAUUUUUGUGGAGGUGUGUUGUUUCUGUUUCUUUGACGGAACUUCAGUUGAAGAUUUCUAUGAGAUGUUUUUGUAUGAUUUGAAAUCUCUGGUGUACCCACUGUGAUGAUGACAAUGAAGCUGCAGGACGACGAUCAUGAAGAUUAUUGUUCUUACUGUUGAUGAUAUGAAGCAGUGACUGUGAGCACCCAAGUUUUUUGUCCCGUUUGGAUCCAGAGUCCAGAUCAGAGCAAACAAACCAGUAAUGACUGGAGUCUCCUGCUGCUUCACCAGCGGCUUCACUCCUGGGGGGCCGUGGAUCAGAUGACACGUCCUGAGUGUACAUAACCGUGAAGCUAACCUGUAAGUUCGGUGGAGCAGCCGCAUGUGGACGCAGCCUCUGUGUGUACAGGAGUAGCCGCGUGUGAAUUUGUACAGUACAUGCGUGUGUGUGUGUUUGUUUGUGUCUGUUGCCACGCAGAAAACGCACCACAUGCAUGCACCCUCGGACAGCUGCACAGGACGCACACGCCUGCAGCGGUUCGCCAUUCUCCACCACGUCCUGAGCUGCAGUUCAAACUCAGCAUGGAGACUUUGCUUUGUGUCAGCUUUCUUCUUCUAAUAAACCACUCAGACAUCCAAAA